AAUGCGCAGUCCGAAAUCAAGUUGAAGCGGAACCAUUGACGUACAAACAAGAAGGCAGUGGGAUUCACUGUGGAACACAGGAAACACCCGUUUAGUUUUUGCAAGGGUAUGAGACUCGGGUUUCUUGACGAAAAAUACCUUAUAAUCAUUGUUGUAAAUUAAAUCAUAGAUUUAGUUAAGAUAAUAUCAUAUUACUGAUCCGGCUCGAGUUUAUUAUAUAACACGAGUCAACAAAGAUGCUGAUUAAAGUGAAGACACUCACAGGAAAAGAGAUAGAAAUUGACAUAGAACCCACAGAUAAGGUGGAGCGUAUUAAAGAAAGGGUAGAAGAGAAAGAAGGGAUCCCUCCGCAGCAGCAGAGGCUGAUCUACAGUGGUAAACAAAUGAACGAUGAGAAAACAGCGGCAGACUAUAAAAUCCAGGGAGGCUCUGUUCUCCAUUUGGUUCUUGCUCUGCGAGGAGGGCAGGUGCUGUGACAGGUACAGUAUAGGCUCUGCCAGAAGCCUGUACUCCAAGCCUGUGUUGUAGCCAUCACUUGGAAACAUGCCUUAGCUUUCUGCAAUGCCUACACUAAACGGAUACAGCAAAGACAUACAGCCGUGUGUUGCGGAGUCACGUGGCGCCAUCGUAGGCAACACAGAGCCAUUGGUAGAAAGAGAUAGAUCAGGUUCUACCUGUGGCAGCUACUUCCCUACAGCCAAAAAUGUGUCGGCUUCAAACACUUCCCUCUCUCACUGUAACAUUGUCAUGGUGAGACACUCUGCAUGUUAAAAGGCAAAGUUACUUUCAGAAUUAAAUAAAGCUUUGACUAAAGAUUUACAACCCAGAGCUAAUUUUGGUGCUACAGAA